AAAAAAAAAAAAUAAAGAGAAUAAGAAAAAAUAAAACAAUUCUGUGCGAAAACGAAAACUACAAAUCCCCACUACCACACCACCACACGACACCAUACCGAUACCACCUCUCUCGCGCUGCUGUUUGCUGUACUCGUCGUCGUCAUCGUCGUUGUCGUACUCUGUGUGCUUGCUCUGCUGUGUGUUUUUUCCCUCCGCUACACACUCUUCGACCCCCCGACCCGACACCAAUUCCAACGAUAUACUCUAUACCCUGCCUUGGCAUGGCCAUUCCUAUCCUCGUAGACAGCCAGCAGCAAGUUCGUUUCGUCGCCAUCUUGAAAGACGGUCUACCAUCCAAUAUCGCGCUGUGAAAAACAGUUAAAUUAUCAAUAAAUAUUAACAAAUUCAGCCGGAAAACAUAAAUAAAUUGUUCACUAAGUGAUGCCGCCUCAUGGCAAUGCACUUUUUUACCCCUAAAAUUUGGAUGUCGUUUUGUAUCAAAGAGAUGAGAAUAUGAUGAAAUAAACGAACGAAAAAAGAAAUUCUCAAAAAUAAAAAUAAACAAAAAAUAAAAAUGAACUAGCAUAAAAGAAAAUGUCAAACAUAAAUUGAUUUUUUAUUUGUUACCCCAUUCUUUUUAUUCUUCUUCGUUCUCUGGAGAGUAGGAUAAUUUAAAUGACAUUGCAGAUUCUUAUCAACAAAAUAUAACAGAACCUGUCACUAUGUAACCAACUAUAGAAUACUCUCAAAUCAAUAUGGAGACAAACAUUCGAAGAAAACAACCAAAACCUAACUUCUGAUAAAAACACGCACAUAUUUUUUUUAUUAGAAGUUUUCAAAUAGUUUUGCUAUCACAAAAAAAGGCAAAAUAGCGAGAACAAAAAAAGAAAUCAAACAAAUCAUAACAACAACAAUGAAGAAUAUGGAUAAAAAUAAUGAUGGAGGAGAUGGAAAGUCCGGCGGCGGUAGCAAGUCGGGCUCUUCGAGUGGUGGUGGCGGUGCUGGUCACGAUCAGUCACUUCUUGACGCAGCCUCAUUAUUUGCAUAUUGGGGUAGAGAUCCAGCGGCAGCUGCAGCAGCAGCAUCGAAUCCACUAUUUAGUUCUCAAUUUAAUGCGGCUGCUGCCGCUGGACUUGGAUUGUUACCAAGUCCAAGUUCAUCGAAUGAUCGUUACUCAAUGGCGGCAGCAGCUGCGGCCGCUGCUGGUCAUCAUCAUCAGAAUACAAUGGCCGUUGCUGCAUCACAAGCCGCAAGUUUAGCAGGUUUGCAUCCAGCAAGUUGGUGGUCAGUAGCUCAACUGGCAGCACAAGAUUACUUUAGUCGUUUACAGGCAUCCGGGUUGUCACCAUUUCCUCAUCCAGAUUUGGCAUCAGCUUUUCCCUCGGCAUUGGGAUUAGCUGGAGCUGGCGGUGGUGGUGGUGGUGGCAGUGGGAAUAGUAGCAAUUCAGCUGGUGUAUCGGGUGGCGGCGGUGGUGGUGGAUCAUCAUCGUCGAAUAGUAAAUCAAGCUCAAGUAAAAGUCGCAAAGAAAAACGCCAACAACAGCAACAGCAUCAGCAGAAUCUUUCAAAUAGUAUGAAUAGUGGUGGUGGGGGUUCGUCAGCGUCUGGUAUGCAUGGCCUUGGUGCAGGAACCACAAUAACACCAACAUCGGGGUCUGGAUCGGGUGGUAGUGGUUCAUCGUAUAAGCAGUCCUCCAGUUAUGGUAAGUCAUCAUUAGCUAAUAUGCAACCAGCUUCUUCGUCAGCCUACGAUCCAGUUACUUUGCACAAAGAACUCAUGGCCAUGCAAGCGGCAGCUGCUUCGGCAGCAGCCUCUUCACAAGCAUCAUCAUCCUCGAAAAAGUCCUCAUCAUCGUCACAUCACUCGUCCCAGUCGCAUCAAGGCCUUUCUGGCAACAAAUCGGCAUCAUCGUCAAGUGGUUCGUUAUCCCAUCAUCAUAUGGGUGGUUCAACGAAUACCGGCGGUGGUCACCAUAGCUCAAUGAUGGGCUCCCAUUCUUCAGGUGGAGGAAAUAACAGUGGUGGCGGAGGCGGUGUUGGUGGUGGCAACUCAUCCAAAGAUCGUGACAAAAAUAACUCACUCAAUGCCCUCAAUUCACUCUCGCAACUUGGCAAUCUUGGCCUGAAUCCCCAACAGAGUGUUCAAGCCGCAAUGAAUGCCUGCCUCGCUGCCAACACUGGCAAAGUGAAGGACUACAUGCCGUCCGGAAUUUUGAGUGCUGCACUGGAAGGAAAUGAACCAUCCUUGCUGGGAGUCCGAUUGCCACCCGAUACCGAAAUCAUCAAGUACACCUCAUCUAUAGUUGGCCCCAAAAUUCCUGGCUUAAGUCCAGCUAAACGGGCACGUCUCGAGAUGGAGUAUGCAGCCAUGGCAGCAGCAGCUAAUGCCGCCCAGCAACAACAACAACAACAACAACAGCAACAACAACAAUCAUCAUCUGGUAGUGGUAGCAGUUCUGGUGGCGGCGUUGGAGGCUCUGGAGGGAUGCUUGGUCUAUCUGGUUCAACGCAGUCAGCAACGAAUUCUGGUUCUAGUUCAUCAUUACUGGGCGGCCAUCUGAGUGUUCCAUCAGCAACAGGUAAUUCUGGAGGUAUUGGUUCAUCAUCAUCAUCAUCAAUGACAUCCAACCGUGGCAAUAGUGGCAUGGCCACUGAUCUAACUGGUAGCGCUGAUCGUGUUGAAGUUAUCAAACUACCCCCAACUAUCACAUCCAACGGGGCUUAUAAUCUUACUAGCAAAUCUAAAGAUCCACAUGAUUCCGAUCAUAUGAGUAUGAUUGGUUCGGGAGUGAAUCUCAGUAUGAAAACAGCUCCACCCAUUUCGGCAGCUGAUGAUUUUGAUGCUCCUUUGAAUUUAUCCAUGAAGCCAGACAAUAAAUCAUCAAGUAAUGAUUAUAGUAGUUCUAAUAUGGGAACAGCUUCCACUGGUGGUAGCUUAAAUCUUACCACUGGCGGCAGUGGUGUCACAUCAGCUGGUGGUGCAUCGAAUAGUUUGCAAAGUUUAAGCUCAAUCACUGCUGCACUGGGAUCUGGUAGUUCGAGUGGAAGUGGGGGUAGUGAUCGCUCCCAACCGCAAUAUAAAGAAGGACGUCCCAGGAAUCUGGGUCGGGGAGUGUCAAAGCCGAAGAAAAACACGGUUGCGUCAUUGCUAGCUCAGAGUCGAGCUGUUGGUAUAAAGCCCAUGUUGUCCACACAACAACUUAUGCAACAGGGUGCUGAUUUUGAAAAAAUUCGUCAGGCUUUAACAGAAGCUAGUGCUCAGUUGGAUGUAUCCACUGACUCUGAAAGUGUAGCCGCUGAGAGUGGACUCUCUGAAUCAGAGGGAGAAGACUCACAAAUUAUCAACAUCACCGAAUUGCGUGCACCCUUAGAAUUGGGAUGGAAACGUGAGACUGUCAUUAAAGGUCUAACCAAAGCUGGACAGAUUCGUGGUGAUGUAUGCUACUAUGCUCCAGGAAGUUCCACGAAAUUAAAGACAAUUGGACAGAUUUUCUCUUACAUGGAAAAGAAUCCAUCAAAAUUAAAUCGUGACAAUUUUAGCUUCUCAUCGCGAGCUAUAGUUGGUUCAUUUUUGCAACCUGCACCUCCACCAUAUGCCAAUGAUGGAGAAUACAUUCGUAUGUCAGAUGCUGAUGUAGCAAAGCGUUUGGAAGAUUUGAAAAUGUUUACCCGGCAAACAUUAAAUGUCGAACAGCGAAUUGAAAUUGCAAAACAACAACAAGCUAUGCGUGAGGCAAAAAAGCUUGCAAAAGAAGAACAAGCUAGAAAUAAGGAAAAAGCUAGACAGGAAAAAAACGAAAAACUUGAACAGCAAAGAAAAGAGAAAGAGCUGAAGAAUCAGCAGGCGAUUGAGGCUCGGAAAAAACGCCAAGAAGAACUAGAACGUAUCAAACAAGAAGAAAUUCUAAAAAAGCAACAGGAAAAAGAAAAGAAAAGGCAAGAAGCUAUUUUAGCUAAAGAACAGGAACUCAACAAGCAGAAGGAGUUACUCUACGCUGUCGAAUUGGAACGAGAACGUCGCCGACAGCAUAUGACACUCAUUCGGCAGCUAGAAACUAGACGAAAAUAUGAAGAUCGUGAAAAGAAAAAGCAUCAAUUGGUACUAGACAGACUGAUUUUACGUGAAAAACGAGUUGCUGCUCGUAAACGUGAUGCUGAAAUACUCAAUCAAAUCAGAAAACCACAAGAAGAUUCUGAAAUAUCUGAUCAAACUGAAUUGCCUCAGUUAAAGAGAAUCGCUGGUUGUCGUCUACCAGGUCAAGCAAUGGCCGACCUACUAAUGGUCUUUGAAUUUUUGCACAAUUUCGGUGAAACUCUUGGUUUUGAUAUGGAAUCCCUGCCAACCUUGCAGAAUCUUCAUGACGCCCUUGUGCCCGAUAGCAAUGUCGAAGCCGAAGAAGAAUUACUCUCUGUAAUGACACAUUUACUCGUUUGUGCCAUCGAAGACCCGGGCAUUCCGAAUCCCGGUCGACACACAACACUUUUGGGUCAAUCACUCCGCAAUGCCGAUAUAACUAAUUCAAAUGUUUCUGAAAUAUUGCGAAUAUAUUUGUAUGCCACAUCAACUGGUGAGGUACGUCAAAUGCAUAACAUCACGCUCGACCGUGAGAAAGAGAGACGCAUCCCAGAUCAUCAUAAUAUGGAACCUGAUUGUCUAAAUCUUACCACUAGCAAGAAUCAGCAAUAUUAUGAAUUGCUUCAUGAAAACGAUACAUGGAAGCUGUCGGCUUGCUUAAAAGAUCGACCAUUUGUUGCAUUGAAUCCAACGAAGAAAACCCAAAUCCUAGCCCAUCUCUGCAAUGACUUGCUAAUGAAUAAAGCUGUACUCAAACAAAUCGAUGGUAGUCUUGAGUCGUGCGCACAAAUCAAGAAGGAGAAAUACAUGACUGAUAUGAAAAUUCGCAAAUACAAGUCGUUGCAUAUAAGAAAGACUCGUCUGGAGGCCUAUGAGAAGGCUCAAAUUGAACGAGAAGCUGCUAUGGCAGCUAUAGCUGCACAACAACAACAACAGCAAUUGCAAUUGCAACAACAGCUAGAAGAGCAACAACAGCAACAGCAGCAGGAACAGCUAGCCAGAAAGGAAGAGGAAUCUUCUGCUGCAGCAGCAGGUUCGGAAAGUGUUGGAGCAACUCUUGCAGAAGGCGAAACUAACAACAACAGCAGCAACAAAGACGAAUCAGAAAAAAUGGAUAUGGACGACUGUCAAAUUGUUCCUUUAACUGAAACAAAUGUCACCAAGGAAGCCGAUUCGGAUGCUGGUGUAGAAAUAGUCGAACCACCCAAGCCCGAUCUAUUAGUCCCACCAUCGACACCAGGCGAGAAAGUAACCUACGACAGCCCAUCAAAGAGCAGCAUUGACACACCAGUCAAAUCGAAAUUAGAAGAAUCAUUGACUUAUCAAAAUGGAGCAACUGUUCCAUCCGAUCUUAGCCAGUUGGUUAACAAAAAGAAUAACUCACGAUGUGAUGAUGCCUCGACAGACGUUGGCAUGGAUGAUGACCUCAGUGAUGUUGAGAGUGAGAUGACUAAUAUCGAAGAAGACGAAGAUAAUCGCAUGACUGCCGACGAAGUGCAAAAGAAGCUAGAGAAAAUGAUAAAAUCUGCUUUGAAUUGCAAGGAAUCUCUCGAGAAGAGUACCAAUCAACUGCGAGCGUGUUGUUUUGGACAAGAUCGUUUUUGGCGACGAUAUUGGAAACUACCAAAAGCUGGAGGCAUUUUCAUCGAAGCAUUGGAAUCGGCUCAAAAUGAUAUUUACGAAUUCAAUGAAAUGCUUGAAAAUGCAGCUAAGAAAGAAACUCCUUUGGCUGAAGUCAAGGAAGAGCAACAAUUCUGCGAUACAUCGAAAGACGAAGAAGAUUUAGAACAUCAGCAGGAGAAACCAACCGAAGUUGAUAUGAAACCGAAUCCAGAGACAUUAGUAAAAAUGGAUUCAUCCGAAAUUGAAUGCAUGCAAGUGGAUGAGAGCAACAACGAGACGUCAUCGCCGCCAUUGUCAACCCAUGCAGCAGAUGGCUUCACUCCCAAUAACCCACCAAAUACUACAACAACAACGAGUUGUUUAACGAAAAACGAUUCUGAAUUACUUCCACCACCCCCACCACCGCCAUUAGCAGCACAAAAUAUUGUCGUCGAUUUGAAUGAUACCGUUAUGGACAAAUUCGACUCACUAUCAACGGCGACAACGCCAAGAAUCGAAGAUAACGAAGAGAAAGUCUGUGAUAUUAGCAAUCGAGAAAUCAAAUCCGAAGCCGAUGUCAGCAUUAUAAAGAAGGAGGAUGAUGUUGUAAUCAUUAGCGAUGAUACAAAACCGCCAACUUUGCCGGUUGCUGAUCGAUGGUUUUCUAUUGCCAACCGUGAAAUGCCACUUACUACUACAGAGCUCCAGUCAGAGACUCCAUAUUUUCAGCGAGUCUAUUCGAAUAUACAUUGCGGAAGUACUAUUCAAAUUCAAGGCCAUCGUUGGGAUAUUGCUAAUAACGCGCAAUAUUUUACAGUUCCACUAGAGAAUGGCAAAGUUGACUUGAAUUUUGACAGUGAAACCAUACUCACGCUAUCAGGUCUCGAUGAUAAAAUGGUUGAACAGAAGCUAAGAGCUUUGAAAGAAGCCGUUGCCGCUGCUGGAGAGGAUGGUGGUGCCCCUUUACAUGACAAUAGCUAUGAUGUGAAAGAGCAGAAGUUUUUUCCCUUUCUUGAUGAUACCUGCGGCGGUGGAGGGAAAGGUGAAACUGGAGAAGUAAUCAAUACCAAUGCAUCAACUAAUGCAUCAGGGGCUGCCGCCGAAGUAAAAUCAACAGCAGCAAAUCGUGUUGAAAUGAAACUCGAUGAAGCAACUGGGAUAUCGUUUCAAAAUUUAGCCAACAUGUCAUUGGGAAACAUUAGCGCUUACAUCACAUGCGACAUUCCAACCCCUCUCUCAAUGACACCGGACGAACAUCGUCUGCUAGAGCAGAUAAAAAAGGAGGGGUUUCCCAAGAAGUUAGAAAGUAAUUUUGUACCAACCAAGUAUCGUCAUGGGUGGUGGAAAGCGGACACUCUGGAGAUGAUCCAGGACGUAAUAGACAAUCUCAAUCAGAAGGGUUUGCGUGAGCGGGAAUUAAAACAGAGUUUAAGUAGGAUUUUGUCGGAAGAAAUGGAAUUGGCAACACCAUAUUCUCUAACAGCCAAGGAAGAUGAGAAUGAAGAAGAGAAAAUAGUCCGACCAGAUGGACCCAAUGAUUGGAAUCCAAAAGUUGCGAAGCGUGUUGAAUUGGCUUUGUUGGAACAACUUGAAGCUUUGGAAGAUAAAAUUGCCAGUGCAUCAAUGCAGAUUAAACACUGGGUUCUACCACCACGAAUAGAAAAUGAAAUGUCACUCGAUCAAGAGGACAUAACCGAGGAAGAAUUUGUGACAAUAAUUCCAAUGAUUCGUGAUCGUAUUGCUAGUUUAGAGGCAGCUAUCGAGAGAAGAUAUUUAAAGCCACCAUUAGGCAGUCAAACGGGUGACGCUCAUUUAGCUGUGAUUGCACAAAAUCAACAAAAUCAGAAAUCUUCUUCAUCAACGUCUUCUUCAUCGGAGAAUAAUAGCACGUCCAUGGGACAGCAACAUAAUAGUAAUGCUAGUGGUGGUGUUAAUGCUUCGGGCAAUAGCAGUGAUAAUGGAGGACAGCAGCAAUCGUGCUCUGUCAGUGCAUCGGGAGAUAAUUCUGGUGCAGCUUCACCAGCUAGUGUUUGCGAUAGCGAAAGAGACAUGCCCCAGGAGAAUAUUCCUAAGGGUUUGGUUUCAUGGCGUGAAGCAGUUUCUCGUUCGCAUACUACAGCCCAAUUGGCUAUGGCAUUGUACGUGCUGGAAUCAUGUGUUGCCUGGGAUAAGAGCAUUAUGAAAGCGCUUAAUAAAAGUAAAAAGAAAAAAUCAAAAUCGAAAUCAAAAUCGAAUAAAAAUGGUGACAGUUGUAAGCCUACCAAUACCACUAGUACCCCUAACAAUAAUAAGGAGAGUAGUACGACAACAACACCAAAAGCAGACAAAAAAUCCUCAUCCACCUCGUCUUCGAAAAAAUCAAAAAAAUCUUCGAAAAGUAAAUCGAAGACAAAAUCACCAAAUGCAAGGGCUAAAAAAAAUACUAAAAAUCUUGACCAAUCUCAAAUGAUGACCAUGACGAAUGAUGAUGAUGAUGAUCUUCCUCCAAAUGAAACGAAGACGACACCAACUACAAAUCAUGGUCAAGAAGAUAAUGUGUCCUCGUUUGGUGGAAUGAUGUUGUGUUCUACUACUACUCCUACUUCUUCUACUACUAACCACAAAAUCACGAAGAUGUUAUUCACUGAAACUACUACUAGUACACCAACUACUACUACUACAACAACCACAACAACACCAAGCACAAAACGUACUACAAUUUCCCAAAACAAUUACUUACAGAAUUGCCAGUUCUGCACAUCUGGCGAGAAUGAGGAUAAGCUGCUAUUAUGUGAUGGUUGCGAUAAGGGCUAUCAUACAUAUUGUUUUAAGCCGAAAAUGGAUAAUAUCCCUGAAGGAGAUUGGUACUGCUAUGAAUGUGUUAAUAAAGCGACAAAUGAACGCAAAUGCAUUGUUUGUGGUGGUCAUCGACCUCCUCCAGUGGGUAAAAUGAUUUACUGCGAAUUGUGUCCACGUGCAUAUCAUCAUGAUUGUUAUAUACCGCCUUUACUAAAGGUACCACGAGGUAAAUGGUAUUGUCAUGGGUGUAUAUCAAAAGCACCACCACCCAAAAAACGUCCCAGUAAAAAGCCUGCCAAUAAGGAAUUAAAGCAGCACAAUUCAUCACAAUCAUUGAAUUCAUCACACGAUGAAUCGAUGAAUUCUAUUGUUGCGCCUUUGAGUCCUGCACACUCAGUUGCAUCAACGUCCUUCGAUGAACAUCACAACAAUUCAGUAGAUGCUUCUCGUUUUCCAGCUCAAAUGACACGUCCAUCAACGCCGAUGGCCAUCAAUAAUGACUAUGUAGAUAUAAGUAUGGAAGCAACGCAAUUGGGAGGAGUUGGAAGCGGCAGCGGCGUCAACAUGGGAAUAGUAGGUGGCCUUUGUGCUGCACAAGCCACCACCACCAAUCCUAUUCCGACUAUGUCACCGAUGCAACAACAACAAAUGGUACAUGCAUUAUCUCCGCAACAUAUUGGCAAUCAGAGCAAUCAACUAUCUAUGAUUAUUCCACAACCACCAGUGAUGUCACAGCAGCAGAUUCAACAACAACAACAACAGCAACAGAUUCAACAACAACAGUUUCAACAACAACAACAACAGCUUCAACAGCAACAACAGUUACUUCAAGCACAACAACAACAGCAACAACAAGCACAACAAAUGCUUCAGCAUCAACAGCUUCCACAACAACAACAACAACAGCAGCAAAUUCAUCAACCACCCCCUCUGCCGCCACCGCAGAUUCAACAACAACAUCAAAUCCAACAACAACAACAGCAACCAAUAGCACAGCCACCAGCACCGCAGCAACCCCAACAACAACAACAAAUGGCAACAUCACCACCCCAACAAAUGCAAACGACUCCACUAGUUCCCCAACAACAACAACAAAUUCAACAACAACAGCAACAGACAAAUCAACAACAACAGCAACAACAACAAGUCAUAAAUGAGGCUAAAGAAAAACUUAAACAAGAAAAAAAGGAAAAACAUGCCACCAAGAAGCUAAUGAAGGAUUUAGCCGUUUGCAAAACAGUUUUAGGGGAAAUGGAGUUACAUGAAGACUCUUGGCCAUUUUUAUUACCUGUGAAUACAAAGCAAUUCCCAACGUAUCGUAAAAUAAUUAAGAUUCCAAUGGAUCUAUCAACAAUCAAAAAACGUCUUCAAGAUUUAAGUUAUAAAACCCGUGAAGAUUUCUGCGUAGAUGUGCGGCAAAUCUUUGACAAUUGCGAAAUGUUUAACGAAGAUGACUCACCUGUCGGCAAAGCAGGACACGGCAUGAGAAAAUUCUUUGAAGUCCGAUGGGCUGAACUGACUGAUAACAAACAUUCAUGAUAUCAAAUGCAUCACCUAAAGUAUUCGAAUGAUUAGAAAGCUUAAAUAGUAUUUAUAAAAAAAAAAUCACACACAAAUAUUAAAACAAAAAAACAAAAAAAAAAUUGAUUUAGAAAUAGCAUUAAAACAAAUCUUAGUUAUAAAUUAAAUUAAAUAAAAAAAAAUACAAUUAUAAAAUGUAAAGCAAAGCAAACAAAUUAUAAAAAUAUUAAUAAUAAAAUACAAAAAGAAAAAAACAACAACAAACGUAUUCCAAUUCGUAUGGAAAAAAGAUUUUUAGUCUUAAAACAUUUUUAAAAAUAUAUAUAUUUUUUAUUUUCGUUCGUUUGUUUAUUUGUUUAAAAUAAACCAACUUCUGUUCUGUAAAUAGCUUACUUUUUUAUAUUUAAAUAAUUUUUUAAAACAAAAGAAAAAAAAACUUAAUUUUUAGUAAUUGAUGUAUUUUUUUAAGCUAAAUAAUGCUUCGCUACACAAAAUGAAUAUUUUCCUAUAAUUUUAGUUCACACUCAAGCAAACCCAGAAAUGAAAGCAGAUGAAAAUAUUUUGAAACAAAUUUUUUGUACAAACUUUUUAGAGAUUUUACUUGACAGUAUUUUUUUUUUUUUCAUUUUUUCUUUUGCUUUUGUUAAAAUAAUUAAAUAUUAUAUUUUUUACACACGAGAACAAUAAUAAUAAUCUACAAGCAUACGAGCAAGGGAAGACUUAAACUUUUACGUUAUCAAAAAAAAAAGUAGAAAAAAACGUCUUUCAUGCGGAAUUCGCCCCCGCUUUUAAAUGAUAUUGUCACUAAAUUAUUUUAAUUUGAUUCUUUUUUAAAUUAUUAUUUUAACAUGACAUCAUAUUUAUCAUCAUUGUGCGCAUUUUUA